CUUUUUUUUAACUUCAACUCGGUUGGUAUAUACAACUUAUUUUGUAUGUGUAUGAUUUAACUUGACAUGUCGAUAAAAUCAAACCUAACAAAAUGGUUACGGAGCUUCGCAGUAUAUCUUACAUAAGAUUAUCCCUUCUGAUACUUAUUGCGUUAUUGACAUCAUACUUGGUACGUUUUAAUUAGAAUCAUAAAUUAAUAGAACAUUGUGAAAACAUAUUCAACGAGACAUUCGCAACGAAGAAUUUUUCGCUUUGGUGAAUUCUCAUGUAUAUUAUUAUUCUCUCCUACUCCCUAUUAUCUCUUUAUACGUAGACAGCUUUGAUUUAGCUAAAUUGCCGGAAACGUUUUAUUUAUUAUCACUUAUUCUCUUCUUCAUCUGUAAUAAUGUCUCUCGUAUCAUUUUUCUUCAACGUAUAUUUUCUUUCUUCUACCGUUGAUCUUUGUGAACAAUGAAAUAUUCAAAUUUCAAAAGAAGUUAAUUUUUGUGAAUAGGUUAGUAAUAUUUUUAACAAUUUACUUGUACCACGUGUAUGUGUGUAUAAUGAAGGAAAAUAUGAAAUAUAUAUAAUUCAAAAAUUAAAUGAAAAUAAUGAGAUUUUUAAAGUAGCGAUACUGUCGUUCUUAAGAUAGUAUGGAAAAAUUGAAUUUUCCGCCACUUUGUUAUUUCGAUUCUUGGAAGAGUCUGAAGUCGUAGAAGAAAGCGGCAUUCAACGCGUAUUAAUGGCAAUUGGUGGCAAUCGUGAAGAGGCACACAGGGCGCGGCAAUGUUCAGUCGAUUACUUGCGUGCGUUGUCGUCGUCGUCGCCGUCGCCGCCGCCGUCGUCGUCGUCGUCGUCGUCGUCGUCGUCGCUGUUCAUCGUCGACAAGAGAAGUCUGUAAGAGUGAGAAGGAUUCACAAUGCGGUGCGUUUGUCUUGUAGUCAUUCGUAACAAGUUCUCGCUAUAACAAGAGCGCGAGUUAUACGAUAGAGUUCGUAAACGUAAGAAAGUGCAUGGUCGUGUGUAAUUCUAUUGUGAUACGUUUGUCUACGUUCAUAGUGCGGCGAGGUUAUCGCGUCGAUGCUGCGUAAGAAUAGACCGAUCAAAAUUGUGUGCGCCUUCCGCACAGGGUGUGAGAUCAUAGUCGAAACAUUAUGACGGACAGUCGCCCUUGCUACGAUACGAAGGAUCGUCCCUUCCUUUUUCCUUGUCUUCAAACGCUAUCGUCCCGCGUAUCGGAGGAUAAGAAAACAAGAGAUGAACGUACGUGAACCGAGCUAGAUUCAAAAACAUUAUCCUUGGUUCAAAAGUGAAAAGGUUUUAGACAGUCUAUCACUUUUUCGACGGAAGUUCUCACUACGAUUUCACCUCGAGUGUCGACCGAUCAGCGACCAUGAAGAAACAGUUUUUUAGGGUGAAACAGCUCGCCGAUCAAACUUUUUCUAGAGCUGGCAAAACAGAAGUGCUUACGGAUGAUUUGCAAGCUGCAGACAAACAUGUAGAACAGAUUAGAGCAGCUCUUACUGGGUUAAGUAAAAGACUUGGUAAUCCACCUAAUCAAGCAUUCGCACAGGAACCUGCAUUUAAGGAGAAACGUUUGAAAAAAUGUCCCGAGUAUAUACUCGGACAAACGAUGUUGGAAAAUGCAACAGAGGAUGGCCUUAUGGGUUUUACUCUUUUAGAAUGUGGAAGGGCACAGAUGUCAUUAGCUAAUGAAACGGUAGAACACGAAGCAAAGGUAGAACAAUAUGUUGCAGCUCCAUUACAACAUAUUUUAGAUACUGACAUUCCAAAUAUAUUGAAACAUAAGAGAAAUUUGGCACGAUUAAUUUUGGACAUGGACAGUGCAAGAACGCGCUAUCAACAAGCUAGCAAGCAUAAUGCUGGAACUGGUGCAACAAAAGCAGACAGUUUAAGAGAAGAUUUAGAAGAGGCAGAAUCUAAAGUUGAACAAUGUAGGGAUCAGCUAGCUGCAGAAAUGUUUCAAUUAAUGUCAAGAGAAACAGAAUUAGCACAGACUAUCAUACAAUAUGUCAAACUGCAAAGAGCAUAUCAUGAAAGUGCUUUACACUGUCUUGAAGAUCUUAUUCCUGGAUUAGAAAGUUAUAUCAAUAAUAAUGAAAUGAAACCAGUUUAUGGUUAUCCUCUUGAAGAACAUCUUAGAGUAACGAAUAGGAAAAUAGCAUUACCUAUACAAUUGUGCGUAUCUGCAUUACUGCGUUUAGGUAUGGAAGAAGAAGGUUUAUUUAGAGUAGCUGGUGCUGCAUCUAAAUCUCGUAGAAUUAAGCUGAGUUUAGAUGCAUGCUGUUUGACUUUAUCAACAGCUUUAGAAUACAAAGAUCCUCACGUUAUAGCUGGUGCAUUGAAGUCUUAUUUACGUGAACUUCCAGAACCUUUAUUAACAUUUAAGUUGUAUCCUGAAUGGAUGGCUGCUGCUAAAAUAACACAAAAUGAAGUUAGAUUACGUGCGCUCUGGGAAGUGCUGCACAAGCUCCCAUCUGCAAACUUAGAAAAUUUGCGAUUUCUAAUUAAAUUCUUAGCAGUAUUGAGCAAAAACCAGGAUAUCAAUAAAAUGUCACCUCAAAACAUAGCAAUCGUAAUUGGUCCUAACUUGAUUUGGAGCCCACAAGAGGAUGUAAAUACAAUAGUAAUGAAUAUGAGUACUACAAGUAUCUCUAGUCUUAUCGUGGAUCAGUUGAUAACAUAUGCAGAUUGGUUCUUCCCAGGUGAAAUAGAUUUUGAUCGUGACUUAGAAAUUGGAAUAGUCAAUGGCUUGGAACCGCAGGUGAUUGGUAUGCGUCGUUGUGUUUCAAACAGUAGUUUGAGUGAUCACGGUGAAAGUCCACCACAGGGCAGUCCAAAGCCUGCGGCUCGUCGAAAAAACAAGCCAGCACCAACACCGCCAAGUGGUACAACACCGGAUAAAAAUGAUAAAAGGUGCGAUGAUAAACCACCUCCAGCUCCAGAUAAACCACCUAGACCUUUAAUGUCAGCUACACUUAACCGGGCAACAUACAAGGCACAAAAGCACGAAGUAAAUACAGAGUUACUGACCAGACAUGAAAAUAACGUAGAAAAAGCUGAAAAAAAUUCAGAAAUAGAAAUAAAACAUAUAGGUUUUGAAGGAAUAAUAGCUCAGGUUGAUAUUCAACCUGCAGACAACUGCGAAAACGUUUCUGAAAUUAAUACUUCACAGUCUGAAUUGGCUAAGAAUAAUAUUGAUACAGAAAAGUAUAAACUAGAUACGUUAAAUGCAGAGUUGCAAAAGUCUGAAAAAAGAAAUGUUCCUGUUUCUCUUGAUAAAACUAUAAGUAGCGUAGAAAACAUUCAAAACAAGUCAUCUGUAGAUAUUGACAAUUCGGAUGUUUCUUCAUCAAGACCUAAGCCAUUACCAACAGAAAAACCUGCUCCAUCCACGUUAGAAAGGAGAAGGCCAGUUGCUGCUCCUAGAAAUAUUACAAACAUAACGCAUAAUACAGAUGAUACAGUCGAAUUACGUAAGAAGUCUGAUAGCAACAGUAUAACGAAUUUAAAUGUAGGAGACAGAGGUAGUAAACCAGCAAUUCCAGAACGACCUGCUGGGUUGGUUCGUCCAUCAAGCCUUAUAAGACAACAGCCGCGUCAAAGUAAUGAAAAUUUAGACACCGAGUCAGGACCCCUUACUUUGGAAAGGGCACACAUGUACUCUGUGGACAAGCAACAGAGAAGUCCUAGUGUGGGUAGUCGACCUUCGUCUAUGUCUUUGUAUGGUGAACGACCAGAGAAACCUGCAAGACCAGAUGUCCCAGACCAGGCAAAGGCACAUGCAAGGACUAAAUCUGAAGGCAACAUUAUUGAUGUUCAAACACAAACAGAGACUGUAGUUGUGCUUAAGUCACCACAACAACCUGUUCCAGCAUCCCCAAGAUUUCAUCAAAGGCCUCCUAGGCCACAACCGCCACCACCUCCGCCUCCCUCGACUCGGCCUAAAUCCGAACAGGAGAGUACUAAUCUCUAAAAACUCGACAUAAAAUGGUCUUUGUAAUUAUCGAUAAGCCAUCACUGCGUCAUCGAUACUUUGUACGUAAUGAAAGGUGUUUUCACAUAACACUAUGUUGUAUGUGAUUAAAAAACUUUCUAUGAACUUUAAACGAAAUGUUUAUGUAACGCAUAACUCUUUAAAAAUAUUAUACCUGAUUUGCAUAUCUAAGCUGAUAUUUUUUUAUGGCUUAUCAAAUUUUAUACAUUUUGUUAAGAAGUCAAAUAUAAUCUGAAAAUUAGCGUAAAUAUAAGGAAAAUAAUUUAAAAUUCGAUCUCCUUUUAAACGCGCGUAUCCAAGCGCACAAAAUGCAGUGUGCAUUUUAGGUAAAAUAUUAAAGUUAUAGCUAUUUGAUAAUAUUAUUACUUUUAAUACAAUUUUACGAACGAUACGUCCAUAUAAAAAGGAAGUUUGACAAACCUUUGAAUGUUUCCAUUGGAAUUGAGCCUUUGAGUGAUAUGCGUAACGAAAUGACCGUGUUUAAAGUAUACAUAUGUACGUUAAAAGUACGUAUAAGUUAUACUUGAGUUAAGCAUAUAUACAGUAACAUCUUGUACCUUAACUUAUUUGCAUUUUUAGAUGAUCAUGGAAUGAUUAAAAAAACGAUGGAUAGUUGUAUUGUACAAUAUUCUAUUUUUUCAAUAAGGUAUGAGAGAAAAUUAGAUUUUCUCGGAGAGUAUUGUAAACGGUCAGAUAUUUUCUUGUCGUUUCACAGAAAAAUUUAAUAUCUGUGCACAAAAGAUAUGUAUUCUUUCAAAAAUAUUGAAAAUCACUAUUAGCUUUAUUUUGAGAAACGUAUAUAAAACUUAAGUGCAAUUGGAUAUAGUACAUAUGUUUAAAUAUAUAUGCUCUUUUAUUAAAAAAUUUUUAUGUUGUUAUAUCGCAUUAUAUCAUAUACGGUAAAUAAUUAUUCAGCAAAUGUGAUAAUGUACAUUUGACAAUGAUAUAAGUAUUAUUUGUUAUAAAUUGUAACAUGUUUUUAUGUUAUUUAAAUUACUAGAAAGAUUAUGUUAAAAUCUUGUAAAAAGUUCAAUUCUUAUAUUUCUUGUUUUCUAGAAUUAUUCCAUUCUAAUGUCGUGCAAUUAUCAAUUGACUAUUUCAAAUAAUUGUGAGAGUAUACGUAAUAUUUUUUAUAUCACAAACAAAAAUAUUGCUUUUACAAUUAAAUGGUAUUUAAUGCAUUAACGCGAACGGCAGCUGGUCUUGUAUUCUCUCAAAGACACAUUUGAAUCCUUAUUAUGUAAAAGGUAUACUUCUAAGUUUCAAACGCAAUAUGUAAUCAGUUUUUUAUUAUAAGAUUGUUAUGGAAGUAACGCAAAUGACAAAUCAUGCAUUUACCUAAGGAGUGCUUAGGCUGUGAAUGUAAUGGAUUAUUAAAGGAUUUAUUUGUAUAUAAAUAAAAAGUUUCCUUAUCAAAAUAA